GUCUGUGGAUGGUGGAUUACAGGAAAUUUCUCAAAAUAUGUUGCGAGAUGUUCGGCAAAAUACUAAGAAUUCUGAAAUUACCAAGCAAUUAGACUGCAAUAAGAUUUCUAAAGAAGAAAAAACUUAUGAAAUUCUCAGCA